AUGACAGAAAUUUUGGGUUUACGCCGUCAAUCGACAGGGAAUGAAGUAAUUAAUUCAGUUAAAAUAAAGAAUAAUAAUUAUCGUUCAUUCACUCAAAGUGCCCAUCAAUCUAUAGAAAUGUGUGAACAAUUCAAUUCCUUCAAAGAAGAAAAUAAAAUAAUUAAAAAUAAUAAAAAUACUUCCUCGCUUCCACAAAUUGAAAUAAAUGGAGUUAAUCAGGAAAAGGAAAUUAAUGAGGAAAAAAAAAAUAAUUUUGAUAUUCGACUAAAUACAGAAAUUUAUUUAGAAAUUAAUUCUUUAAAUAAUCAGAAAGGAGAAAGUGAAAAUUCUUCAGUAAUCCCUUUAUAUUUUAAACAUAAGGCCCAAAAAGUUGAUUCACGCAAAAUAGCUGCCAAAAAGCGUCUUGAAAGGGGCCAAACAACUAGUGGUUCUGAUAAUUCCUCACAAAAUGCCAAAAAAUCAUCAUUCUCAGAAAGAACACUUGCCAAAUCAUUAGAUAAUAAACACACAGACAAUAAUUUUUUAUUUGAUUUAAAACCUUUACAAUCAAAUAUAAAAUGUUCUCCCAAUCAUCAUUCACAGCAACGUUUGGGAAGUGUUGGAAAUGUUUUUGGAUUAAUUAAUUUAAAUAAUCGUUUAUUUUCUUCGAAUAUUGAAAUUAAUAUUUUAAAUUUUGAGCAAUCAGAAAUAAUACAAAAAACUUGGUUAUUAGCUAAUGAAAAAAUUAGACUUUUUGCUGGGCCAGAUAGAAGCUUUGCUUUUUUUACUUUUGAUAGAAUAUUUGAAAGAGCGCCUGAAUUAAAAUCUCUUUUUGGAAUAUCCCCAAAUAUUUCAAUUUUUGAAUUGGAUGAAAAUCAAUGGGAUCAACAUCCAUUUUCUAGACAUGUUCGGAUAUUUAAUAAUAUAUUAGAUUUAUCUGUUAGAAAUUCUGCCGAAUUGGAAAAAGAAAUGCUUCCCGUACUUUUUGCUUAUGGACAAAGGCAUUAUAGAGCAAAUAUUAAAGACCAUUUUAACGAAAAAACUGUUCGAUUAUUUUGUAGUCAAAUAAUCGGAACUUUAUGCGAUUUACUAGAUAAAAAAUUAAAUUUGUUUGCUCAAGAAGCCUGGAUUGAAAUGGUUACAUAUUUGGGAAGAGCAUUGCUUUCUGGGUUUGAACAUGAACGGCAAAAAAGAAAAAAAUUUCCUUUACCAAAGAAUUAUUAA